CGAUACUACUGGAGAUUCAGUCUACAUGUGGAAAAAUGAGUAAAACAGCUCGACGGGACCCCUUCUUUCUGCUGCCGUUUUUCACGUGUUAUUUCCUCAGGCUCUUCCCCAGCGGGCUGAUAAAGGUCUUAUCACACGUUCUCUACAUCGACAGAACUUUGACCCGGGGAGAAGACCUUCAUCUCAGCUCCUCCUCCUCAUCCAACAGAACCAAUCCGAAAAGAGCUUUGUGUUUCUUUGGCGAGGGAAUUAAAGGGAGGGGGUGAGAAAAGCUACGCUGAAAGAUUUCGCGCCAUGAACCGGGCCUGGGCUGCGAUCAAGGCUCAUCCGUACAUCAGUAACACCCUGGGAUACACAACGCUGUUCGCCUCUGCCGACUUGAUACAACAGCACGUGCUGGGUGGGAAACCGGCUGCGGGAUCCGCGUCAGAGGAUUCGGGCGCCAUCGACUGGGGUCAGACGGCUCGAGUGGCAACCGUGGGCUUCUGUUUCCACGCCAACUUCAACUACCACUGGCUGCGAGGGCUGGAGAGGAUGCUGCCCGGAGGCGGAGUCAAGGCAGUGACAGGAAAGGUCAUGGUGGAUCAGCUGGUCGCAGCUCCUCUCACUAUCAGUGCCUUUUACAUUGGUUUAAGUCUAUUAGAAAACAAAGAUGACCUGCUCGAAGACUGGAGACAGAAUUUCUGGACAUCUUACAAGACUGGAGUGGUAUUUUGGUCAACCAUGCAGGCAGUGAACUUUGCCCUCGUCCCCCCUGUGGCACGGACAGUGUUUCUGGGAGGCAUCGCGCUGACUUUCACUAUCUUCUUGUGUCACCUCAGAGAGCAGAGUGGCCACAAACCUGAAUGACUGUGACAUUAGAAAACGUUUAUUUAAGGGCAGAAUUCAUGCUCCAUUAGAU